AUGUUGAAGAGAAUUUAAAGUUGUGAUCUCCGAGGAUCGCUGAACGCAACGUGGUCCCCCGUCGUCAACGUUCACGGCAAAGCUUCGAUUGCCUGAUACCACAGCAGAAAGCGGCAUCUUUCUUGCAGCAUCUUCAACAUCAUAACAUUUAGACGGGCCAUGAAGGCGUCCACAAGUGUUUUGCUUUUCCUGGUGCUAUCCGCAUCCGUGCUCUCGACGGCCCAAGCGGCCAGGAGCCGGACCAGCAGCCAGAACAGCUUCCGACGGGCGGCCAACGGCAUCUACCAGACGCUGAGCAACGUCUUCGGGGAGGAUAACAUCCGAUGCCUCUACAAGUUUUUCUCCAAAGCAACAGAGCGCUUUGUACAUGGCGUAGACUCCUUCCUUGACACCAUCUGGAAAAUCUGGACGGAUCUCCUUGAUAUUAUGGGCAUUGACUCGUCCAACCUGAGUCACUACUUCAGCCCGGCAUCCUUGAGCAGCAACCCGGCACGCGCCCUGCCCCUCGUGGCCGGUGCCCUAGCAGGCCUGUGGUUGCUGUCGGUGUUUCUGGGCGGCGUCUUCUACAUGCUGCACGUUGUCUUUGGCCGCUUCUUCUGGAUGGCGCGCGUGCUUCUGUUGACCCUGGCCUGCCUGUACGUGCUGCAAAAGUUCGAGGGCGACCCAGAGCGCACGCUGUUGCCUCUGUGCGUCAUCAUGGUGCUGUACUUCAUGACGGGUCCCGUGGGCAUGUACUGGCGACGCGGCACCGGCUCCAUGGAGGAGAAGAUAGACCACAUGGAGACUCAGCUCCGCCUGCUCAAUAUGCGGAUGAAUCGGAUAUUCGAGCUGGAGACCAUGGACGAGUAGACGCGGCGGCGCUCCCUCUUAUCGGUAUUCAAAGGUCCCAACGAGAAUUUCUGCGGGUCGAGUUCAUAGUCAAAUAUCAAAAAUUUCAAGCCUUUGUUUGCAUGUUUGUCCUGGCUACAGCGGUACCUCAAAGGUCAAAACAUUCAUUGAGUGUCCAGGUUAGGGUAAAGUCACAUUUGAACAGUUAACUGUUGUACAAGUAUAAAAAGAAGUCUAAUGGAAUCAGUAAACGGAGCAAGGCAAGCUUUCAAAAUACUCACCCACUUCCUCCCUUUGUGGCAAACAAUUUCUUCCUUGACUUCACACCACCGUCAUUGCACUAGCAUGACACUGGAACACUCCCAAGUAUUUUCUUAAUAUUGUUAAAAGAAAAAAAACACUACUGGUAAUCCUGACUAAAACGAAGCCUGCCGAGGGGCCGAUAUCCCCCUAGUUAGACCUUGGAGGUACCACGUAUUCCACCAAAAACAAGUCCUCUAUUUUGCAAGAUGUUCGAUUAUUUCACCAGUGCGUGUACAACACGGGGGCCACUAUGACCUGUUUUAUUCAGUUUUGUUUUCUAGUCACACUGUGGUAAAAAUAGUGCUCAUACUCAACCUAAUUGAGCAAAGGUUUUGGGACAGACCACCAAACAGGUCGUUAAAAUGUCUGAGCGGGUGGCGGGGAGGUGACAUCUGUUAUGAGUACUUAAGUCCACGCUGCGUGUAUAUCAUGACAGGAAUGUCUCCUACCAUGGCUACACAACACUAUUCUCAGGGACUAAUUGGACUAAACAUUUUAAGUAGAUCAACUUUUUUUUUCCCCUGCCGUGAUCAAAUAAUCCUGCUCAUGUUUAUUUUCAAUUGUUUUAAAUUAAAUGUCAUCUCUGUUUCCCCCGAACAAAUCUUAAUGAUGGCGAGUUCAUGAAUUCUCUUGUCACGCAUUCCGGACUCAAGAGACGUCAUUUUGUAAUUGUAAUGCCGCGUCAAGGCCAAAGAAGCAACUAAUAAUAUCGCAGAAUGUAAGCGUUCUCAACAAGCAUAUUGUGAUGAAUUCAGAACCGCAUAUGCCGUAUAUAGCUUUUAAUUGUCCCGAUUAAUCUGUUUGCAUCCAUGUUGUCUUAAUAUGAAGUGAUGGAUCAUACAUCUGAAUACCACAGAGAAACGUUUCUUGCCGUAUUUGAGUCAAUAUUACAACCUGUUUAUUUUUACUUAAGAAGCGAUUGUGUAGGAACAAAUGUGUGGGUAGGGGAGGGUUAAUAGAGGUUAUUAAAUGUGUUCCAGGGUUGGGGCGACUUUUUAUACAGGGUUCAUGCUAAAUGUAUGAAAUGUGACACCGUUUUAUUCUGCAUUUUUGAUUUUUUUUAAUUUGAAGAACAGCAUGGCAGUCUGGCAAAGGUUCUCAUAUGGCCCAGCCAUUUUAGUCAUAUACAGUGUA